AGAGUAGCUGUUCUUACAGGAGCUCUUCUAUAGUGGAGGAAAAAAGAGACGUCACAUAACCGAAGCGGAUCAUCAACAUGGCCGACCAAGCCACUCAAGAGAAAAAGACCGAAGAGAAACCCGAGGCAAAGGAUGCAGAGAAGACAAAGGAGGAGGCUAAAACUGAGCAAGAUUUGUCGGAAGAAGACAAACAGCUUCAAGAUGAGUUGAACAUGCUUGUGGAGAGGCUGACUGAGCCUAAUCAGAAGCUGUACCCUGCCGCUCUGGAGAGUCUCCGCACCCAGAUCCGGGCGUCGACGACCUCUAUGACCUCGGUACCCAAGCCUCUGAAGUUUUUGCGGCCACACUAUGAUACUAUUAAGGGAGUACAUGAAAAAAUCAAGGACAAAGAGACACAGCGUUUCUGUGCAGACAUUAUCUCUGUGCUUGGAAUGACGAUGAGUGAAGGAAGAGACAGUCUCAAGUACAGGCUUUUGGGAUCCAAGGAGGAAAUUGGAUCUUGGGGACACGAAUAUGUCAGACAUCUGGCAGGUCAGGUGGCCCAGGAGUGGCUGGCGACGAGCGAGGAGAACGCGGAGAUGCGGGAGAAGCUGGUGCUUCUGGCCACUCAGAUCGUGCCCUACCACAUGUCCCACAAUGCCGAGGCUGAGGCUUGCGACCUCCUGAUGGAGAUUGAGCGUCUGGACCUGCUCAAGGAUUACGUGGACGAAUCGGCUUAUAGUCGAGUUUGUCUCUACCUCACCAGCUGCGUGGCGUAUGUGCCCGACCCUGAGAACACGGUGCUGCUCAAGUGUGCCGUGGACCUGUACCGCAGGUUCAAGCAGUACCCCCAAGCCCUGCGCUUUGCCAUGGGCCUCAACGACAUGGCCCUCAUCGAGGAAAUCUUCACAGAAUGCCCCGACCAACUGGUGAAGAAACAGCUGGCCUUCAUGCUGGGGAGACAGCAGAUCUCCAUGGAACUGUCGGAGAUGAUGGACGACAAAGAUGACCUCCGGGAAAUCAUCGCCAACGCCCAGCUCAACCAGCACUUCCUCACGCUGGCCAGGGAGUUGGACAUUAUGGACCCCAAGGUGCCAGAGGAUAUUUACAAAACCCACCUGGAACCAAACAGAAACACUAUCGGGCCGAGCAACCUGGACUCAGCGCGUCAGAACUUGGCGGCGUCGUUCGUCAACGGUUUGGUGAACGCGGCGUUCGGCACGGACAAGCUCAUCACACUGGAGGAGGGACACAAGUGGCUCUACAAGAACAAGGAACACGGUAUGAUGAGUGCUACAGCGUCACUAGGGCUUAUUCUGCUGUGGGAUGUGGACGGGGGUCUGACGCAGAUUGACAAGUUCCUCUACUCAUCGGAGGAUUACAUCAAAGCGGGUGCGCUGCUGGCGUGCGGCAUCGUCAACUCUGGCGUGCGCAACGAGUGCGACCCGGCACUGGCCCUGCUCUGUGACCAUGUGAUGCACGACAACGCCUUCAUGAGGAUCGGGGCUAUCAGCGGUCUGGGCCUGGCGUACGCAGGAUCAAACCGUGAGGAUGUUCUGAGUCUGAUUUUGCCUGUGCUGGGAGACUCAAAGGCCAAUAUGGAGGUGAUCGGCAAUGCUGCGCUGGCGUGCGGUCUGAUCGCCGUGGGCACGUGUAACGGCGAGGUCACCUCCACCAUUCUGCAGACCAUGAUGGAGAGGUCGGAGAGCGACCUCAAGGAGACGUUUUCCCGCUAUCUGGCGCUCGGACUGGCGCUGGCUUUCCUGGGCAAGCAGGAUGCGGCUGACGCUACCUUGAUGGCCCUGGAGGUCGUGGCGGAGCCCCUCAAGUCGAUGGCCAGUAUGCUCGUGGACGUGGCAGCAUACGCCGGUACAGGAAACGUGCUCAAGAUCCAGAAGCUGCUGCACGUCUGCUCGGAGCACGACGAGGCCAAGGACGCGGACAACAACGAGAAGAAGGAGGACAAGAACAAGAAGAAGGAGAAGGAGGAGAAGAAGAAGGAGGAUGAGAAGCCCGCGGGGCCCGAUCUGUCUGUCCAGCAAGGCGUGGCUGUGCUGGGCAUCGGUCUGAUCGCCAUGGGGGAGGAGGUCGGCUGCGAGAUGUCGUUCCGCGCCUUCGGACACCUGCUUCGGUACGGGGAGCUGCCGAUCCGCCGCGCCGUGCCGCUGGCCUUGGCCCUCAUCUCCGUGUCUAACCCCAAGCUCAACAUCCUGGACACGCUCAGCAAGUUCUCGCACGACAGCGACCCUGAGGUGGCUCACAACGCCAUCUUGGCUAUGGGCAUUGUGGGGGCAGUCAUCAUCGGCAAGUCCCACUACAUGCUGUACAACCUGGUCUCGGCCAUGCAGCCCCGCAUGUUAGUCACCUUUGACGAGCAGCUCCGGCCGCUGCCCACCACCGUCAGAGUCGGGCAGUCCUCCCCCUGACCCCCAUCAUGGAAGGUUUUGUCAUCCUGAGGAAGAAUCCGGACUACGACGCAGAAUCUUAAUCUUUGUUGUUGUUUAUCGUAAUUAGUGUGGUUUACUUUUACUUCAACAAAGAGCGUCUCUCUCUUUGCCUUCUUUUCUUUCUUUUUUUCCAAGUGCGCUACGUUAGUGAGUGGGAGAAUGUUGAAGAGUGAAAGGGUCAUGUGUUGGGAUCACUGAAACAUAAACACAAAAAAGGAAAAAAGGAACGGACGUCUGUUGGAGUGAGAGAGUGUGUGAGAAUUUUUUAAUUUUUUUUUCACUUGUGUGUAUGUGUAUGUUCGCUCAUUCGCUGUUUCAUCGUUCAUGUCGCUGCCGCUACAUUUAGAACAUACAUGGUUUUUAUGUAUUUGUUUACAUCAGACUUUUUUCUAAACUCAUGUUUGAUGAGUUGAGAUGGGUUUUUUUUUUUCUUUUCAGAAGAAUUUGGAGAGAACGCCCGUAAGUGAAAUAAGUUGAGGGUUUUGGGGGUUUUUUUCGUGUAAGACCUGUGCACAAGCCUGUGGAUCUGAAGAAGUUUCAACUAGAUCUUGUAUUUAUAAGAUGAAUCUAUAUAUAUAAAUUAAGUAGGUGUUUUCAGUCUAGGUUAUCCCUGUCCUUACGUUGGAGGGAGGGGUGUGUGGAAAGGGAACAUUCCUGGAUAUGCAAACAAAAUUCAACCUCUGUCUGCAGGUGUCUUGUCAUCCGGAAUGGUCUGAACCAUGUUGGUGGGGGGGGGGGUGAAAACAAAUAUACAAUGAAUCAGCUGUGCCCACAUCUGUCUGUCUGUGUGAGUGUGUGUGUUGUUAGAAGGUGCUGAUGAUGUUUAGUGAGGUGCCUGUGUGUGUGUGUGUGGAAGGUUUGUUUGUGUGUGUGGGUUUGUGGGGUGUAUAUGCCACAUGAUGCGUGAGAGAGGGCAAGCCAGGACUACAUUGUUGUGUGUGUCACGUUGGGUUUUAUUUUGAUAUUUGAAUAAUAAAUUAAAAAUAUUGGCUUGAUCCCUUCUGUAA